AUGGCAACUGAAACAAUGAACGUAAAUCAAGAUGCUUUUGGACAGGCUGAAACCGUUGUUUUAGAUAAUGGUUUACGAAUCUUAUUGUUAGAAGACCACAGUGCACCCGUUGUCUCAUUACAGAACUGGGUCAGGUUUGGCGGUGCAGACGAAGAAGAAGUUGUUGCCGGUGUCGCUCAUGUAUUUGAGCAUAUGUUAUUUAAAGGCUCCCAGCAGUUUCCCCAAGGUGAGAUGGCAUCGAUGAUUGAGAGUGCAGGGGGGCAUGUGAAUGCCUGGACGAGUAAUGAUGAAACUGUUUACCACUUAACCGUUUCUAGCCGGUAUUGGCAACAAGGGUUUGAUGCCCUUGCCGAUGCAGUUUUAAAUCCGCUCUUUGACGCUGAAGAGCUAAAGCGUGAGUUAGAAGUUGUCCAAGAAGAAAUUCGCCGUGGUAAAGAUAGUCCCGAUCGCGAAUUAUGGUAUCGCUUAUCUAAACUUUUAUACCAAGAGCAUCCUUAUGGGCGGCCAGUAAUUGGCUAUCCCGAAACAGUCAAUAAAAUUGGCCGUGAUGAACUGAUUCGUAUUUUUAAAAGUUGGUAUGUACCUAAUAAUAUGGUUUUUGUUGCCGUUGGCGAUUUUAAACGUGAAGAACUGCUCGAACGUCUUCAAAAAACCUAUGGUGAACGUCUGCAACAACAGCUACCAGAGCGACCACGUCCUUCAGAGCCAGCUCAACAACAACCCAGAGUAGAUACAUUUAAUUUUCGGGCAGAGUUAGCACGUGUCGAGAUUGCUUUUCCUGGUAUCGCGGCCUCUCAUCAAGACCUAGCUGCUCUUGAUUUACUAAGUGAUAUCCUGGGGACAGGUGGAAACUCCAUUCUUUAUGAUGUUUUAAAGCGUCAGCGCCAGUUAGCACUAGAUGUCUCUGCUUAUAACUAUACACCUAAAGAUCCAGGCGCUUUUAUUCUUGGAGCUAGUUUUGAAACAAAGUACGCUAAAGAUGUUAUUCAGACCUUAAUCCAAGAAGCUAACCGUGCUCAAGAGCUUCAGAUUACAGCUGCAGAUUUAGAAGCAGCAAAAACGAGAAUAAUUAGUCAAUUUGUACAUGCCCAAGAAACCUAUCAAGGAAUCGCCCGUUACCUUGGCCGUUUUGAUACAACCUACGGUAACCCACAAUUUGGACAGGCAUAUAUUGCCUCAUUGCGCCAGCUAACUCAAGAAGAUUUACAACGCGUUGCAGCUACUUAUUUGAAAUCAGCACAAGCCAAUAUUGUUUUAUUAGUACCAACUGGAGAUCCUUUACCAAGUAAGCAAGAAGUACUGAACUGGGCAAAACAGGCAGAGAGCCUAGAUCCAGAGAGCAAAGCGGUUGCGACGUUACUAGGUCAUGAUGAACAAGCUAAUGUUUCCUGGUAUCAAUUACCAAAUGGUGUCCGUUUAGUACACCAAGAAGAUAAGAAAUCGCCUUUGGUCUCAAUGUAUGCAUCAUUUGGGCUAGGUGUUUGGGCAGAACCUGAAGGUAAAGAAGGUAUUACAAGGUUAAUGACAUCUUUAUGGGAUCAAGGUACAAGCAGCUUAUCACCCACAGAAUUAGAACGAAGAUUAGACAGUCUUGGUGCAUCUAUCGGUGCCUCUGCUGGUCAAGAUGUAAUUGCACUUUCUGGACGUUUUUUAAAAGACAAACUUUCCGAGAGUUUAGAGCUCUUUUUUGAUGUUUUACAACAACCAGCCUUUGCUCAGCGAGAACUUGAUAUUGAACGUUUAGAUCAAUUACGUGAACUAGAAGCGUUACGUGAGCACAAAUAUCGUUAUACAGCACAACAGUUUAGAUCACAUUUUUAUGAAAAUCACCCUUAUGGACGUUCUAUACUUGGUUCUGUUGAAUCGCUCAAUGCAAUUUCACGCCCAGAUAUACAAAAGAUCCAUCAUCAACUUUUAUCAGAAACAGAAAUCGUGAUUGGUAUAUCGGGUAAUAUUUCUGCUAAGGAAGCAAUUGAUAAGGUUGAGCAAUUAUUUGCUAAAACUUUAUUAGCACGUCAGAUGGUUACCCCCAAAAAGAUUAAGCCUUUAAGUAAAAAAGAUACCUUUAGUGAAAUUGUUCUUAAAGAUACAGGUAGUCAAACCCAUAUCAUAUGGGGAUUUCCAACUGUAGAUAGACUCCAUGUAGAUCGUGCAGCAUUACGUGUGUUAGAUGCUAUUUUAAGUGGUAUGGGGGGACGGCUAUUUAUGGAACUACGAGACCAAAAAA